AUGUCUCACGGUCAAGAUCCUAAUCAACAAUUCCUAAAGAGUAGGAUUUAUUUCUCAAAAGGCCCUGAUUCAUUAGCUGCAACAGCUAACAAACACUACGUAAGUUCAAGAACUCCAGAAGAAACAUUCCAACACCAACAUUUUCAUGGUGAGAUGCCAACAACAUCAAAAUACAACAAAGAUCAGAUCGGAUUAGAUGCAGAAAAUAUUAAAGCAUCAAAGGAUGUCGGUACAUGGAUUACUGUUAUUGGAAUAAUUCCUGGUAGAUUCCAAGAAGUUAGAGAAUACUUUGCACAGUUUGGAGAAAUCAAUCAUUUUGAAGAAGGACCAGGAAAUUAUGGAUAUAUAGAAUUUGCAUCUUCAAAAAGCGCGAAAACUCCAUUAGAUAAAUCCCAAACAGAUCCAUUAAUAAUUACAAAGAGUUAUAUAGUAUCAGUAGCACCAGGAAGACUGAAACCGCAUUACAUUUCUAAAAUAGAUGAUAAUAAUGAAAAAAUAAAUUACUCUUCUUUUACGAAAGAGUCAAAGAGUAGGGAGAAAGUAUCCUUCUUAGAAGCUAUUAAGAACGCUCUCAUCGGCGAAUAA